GCGCAGCUUUCCGUCGCUUCCGUCGUUGCCUCCGCUAGGCAUCCCGAACCAAGCUCUCACCACCAAUUCACAACCCCACAAUGUCCGGCGGAUACCAGCAAUACGGCGGAAAUCCGUACAGCCAGGCGGAGGCUGGAUACGGCGGGUCGAAUCCGUAUGGCGGAACAGGUGGUGGGUACGGAGCUUCGAACCCUUACGGCGGCACAAAUGACCAGCAGCUCAACCCUCCGGCCGCUUUGACUCAACAAGACUCUACCUACUCGCAGCCGUCGCAAUACUCGGAGGCCACCCCUUACCCGACAAACCAGCCUGCGCCGCCGACGGCGCCAUUGAGCCAGCAGGAUUUCCUUGCGCGCAUCGAUGGCACCAAGAGCAGGAUCAACCAGCUCACCGCCAACAUCCAAGCGAUUGCGAACAUACACCAACGCAUGCUGUCGUCGCCCGACAAUCGCUCGUCGGCACAAUUGGAAAGCAUCGUCUCGGAGACGCAGGUGCGAAACACACAAAUCAAGGAUGAGAUCAAGUUUCUCGAGAGGGAUGCGGCGCGGGAGCCGACCAACUCAUUCAAGAAGACGCAGGUAGAGUCGCUGAAGCGCACAUUCAAGAGCCAGCUUGAGGACUUUCGGAAGGAAGAGUCAGAUUAUUCCAAGCGCUACCGCGAUGCGAUUGCGCGACAAUACCGCAUUGUGAACCCAGAGGCGACGGAGCAGGAGAUCCAGGAAGCGGCGAACGCUGACUGGGGUGAUGAGGGUAUCUUUCAGCAAGCUCUGAAGAGCAACCGCAGCGGCCAGGCGGCCAGCGUUCUCGGUGCCGUCCGAGCGCGCCAUAACGACAUCCAGCGCAUCGAGAAGACUAUGAGCGAGCUGGCUGUGCUGUUCGAGCAGCUGAACGAAGCUGUCGUCAUCCAGCAGACCCAGGUGGAGCAGGCGGAGGAACAGACGAACCAGGUCACGACCGACGCCACGAAGGCGAACGAACAGCUCGAUCAGGGCAUCAAGUCUGCACGCCGGGCGCGGAAGCUGAAGUGGUGGACGUUGCUCACGUUCGUCGCCAUCAUCUGCAUUAUCGCGCUCGUGCUGGGUCUCUACUUUGGGUUGCGGAACAACGGCAACGGGAACAAUAACAAUAAUAACGGGAAGUAAAGCGUGGAACGCAUGUUGGCGCUACUGAAUAGGCUAGGUGUGUCUAGAGCUGUUGGAUGGAAAGGCUCGAAAUGGCCCUUUGUUGAACAGACUUCAAUGCUGUAUGAGAGGAA